UGCGCAGGAAAGUGGGGGCGCGACCCCCUGCUCGAGCGGGCACCGCGCGGCCCCGCCCCCGCAGCCAGCUGCCCUGCGGCAGCCGGGGCCCGAGCUCCGCCCUCCUCCUCCCGCCGGCCUCUCUCCCUCCUCCCGCCUCCCUUCCUCGCUCGCUCGCUCGCUCCCUCCCCCCCGGCCGGCUCGGCGCUGACUCCGUCGCACGCUGCAGCCGCGGCUGGAAGAUGGCGGGGAACGACUGCGGCGCGCUGCUGGACGAAGAGCUCUCUUCCUUCUUCCUCAACUAUCUCGCCGACACGCAGGUUCCCAUGUGGUUCUGCCCCUGCCGGUCCUGGGACCACCCUCUGAGAAGCAUCAGUUCGGUCGGUACUGUUACCAGGUCCUCCAUGACUCCCUUCUACCCCACCCACCACUGGCAGGGCGGGGGAUCUGGGGAGGAGCAACUCUGCGCUGACUUUCCGGAGCUAGACCUCUCCCAGCUGGACGCCAGCGACUUCGACUCGGCCACCUGCUUUGAGGAGCUGCAGUGGCGCCCGGAGAACUCCGAGACCGAACCCAGCCAGUACAGCCCCGACGAUCCGGAGCUCUUCCAGAUAAUCGACAGUGAGAAUGAGGCCCUCCUGGCAGCGCUCACCAAAACCCUGGAUGACAUCCCCGAAGAUGUUGUGCAUCUGGCCGCCUUCCCAGCCCUGGAUGACGGAGACGCACCCUCCUGCGCUUCUGCUUCGCCUGUCCCCUCAUCUGCGCCCCCAAGCCCCUCCCUGGAGAGGGCCCCAGCCUCAGCCCCUGAAGUGGAUGAGCUCUCGCUGCUGCAGAAACUCCUUCUCACCACGUCCUACCCAGCCUCGACCUCUGACAGCCAGAAGGAAGGGACCGCCUGGCGCCAGGCAGGCCUCAGGUCUAGAAGUCAGCGGCCUUGGGUCAAGAUGGACAGCGCCCAAGACAGGAAGGCCCCCAUGAUGCAGUCUCAGACCCGGAGUUGCACAGAGCUGCAUAAGCACCUCACCUCGGUGCCGUCCUGCCCCCGGGCUAAAGCUCGCUCCCCUGAUAGGGUCCUCCAGCCACCACCACCCCUGAGUCCCUGGGUCCCUGCCAAGGAGGAUGAGGAGGCGGGUGAGGACUGCCCGAGUCCCCAGCCGGCUCCAGCCUCUCCCUGGGACUCCCCAGCACCGGGCAGGGCAGACCCCGGCGCCCAGGUGUCCCAGGAGGACAUGCAGGCCAUGGUGCAGCUCAUUCGCUACAUGCACACCUACUGCCUUCCCCAGAGGAAGCUGCCCGCACAGGCCCCAGAGCCAGACCCCCAGCCCUGCAGCAGCCCCGCCCAGCAGGUCAGACCCCGGCCUCGGUGCCAGCACCCUUCCAAAGCCACCUGGGCUGAGUUCUCCAUCCUGAGGGAACUUCUGGCUCAAGAUAUCCUCUGUGAUGUCAGCAAACCCUACCGCCUGGCCACGCCUGUCUACGCCUCCCUCACACCCCGGGCCCGGCCCAGGCCCAAAGACAGCCAGGCCUCUGCGGGCCACCCCUCCCCCGUGGAGGAGGUGCGGGUCGCGGCUUCACCCCAGAGCUCGGGCCCCAGACCCAGCCUGCGCCCGCUGCGGCUGGAGGUGAAAGGGCACAUCAGCCGGUUGGCCAGGCUGCAGCCUGAGGAGGAAGAUGAGGAAGAGGAGGAGGAAGAAGAAGAAAAAGAGGAAGAGGAGUGGGGCCGGAAAAGGCCGGGCCGGGGCCUGCCGGGGACCAAGCUGGGGAGGAAGCAGGAGAGCUCUGUGUGCCCCGUGCGGCGUUCCAGGAGACUGAACCCGGAGCUGGGCCCCUGGCUGACGUUCACCGAUGAGCCCAUGGUCCCCGCGGAGCCCCAAGGGGCUCUGCCCUCGCUGCGCCUGGCCCCUGAGGCCUACCACGUGGAGGGGGAGCUGGGCAGCCCCGCGGACGAGGACAGUGGCCAAGACCAGCAGCUCCGACGGGGACCCCAGAUCCCAGCUCUGGAGAGCCCCUGUGAGAGCGGGUGUGGGGACACCGACGAGGACCCCAGUUGUCCGCAGCUCUCUUCUGGAGACUCUCCCAGGUGCCUCAUGCUGGCCUUGUCGCAAAGCCCCACUGGCGACCUUCCUUUUGGCAAGAAGAGCUUCGAGCAGACCUUGACAGUGGAGCUCUGUGGCACAGCAGGACUCACUCCGCCCACCACGCCUCCGUACAAGCCCACAGAGGAAGACCCCUUCAAGCCAGACAUCAAGCACAGCCCAGGCAAAGACAUAGCUCCCACCCCGGAGGUUCCCCGGCUCGGGGCCGCCGCAGAGGCUGCCCGCAAGCUGCCGAAGAAGCACCCAGAGCGGAGCGAGCUCCUGUCCCACCUGCGGCAUGCCGCAGCCCAGCCAGCCUCCCAGGCUGGCCAGAAGCGCCCCUUCUCCUGUUCCUUUGGAGACCACGACUACUGCCAGGUGCUCAAGCCAGAAGGCGCCCUGCAGAGGAAGGUGCUGAGGUCCUGGGAGCCAUCUGGGGUCCACCUUGAGGACUGGCCCCAGCAAGGGGCCCCGCGGGCUGAGGCACAGGCCUCUGGCAGGGAGGAAGACGGGAGCUGUGAUGUCGGCGUCCCCAUCAAGGACAGUACGCUGCUGAGAGACCACGAGAUCCGCGCCAGCCUCACCAAGCACUUUGGCCUCCUGGAGACAGCCUUGGAGGAUGAAGACCUGGCCUCCUGCAAGAGCCCCGAAUACGACACCGUCUUUGAGGACAGCAGCAGCAGCAGUGGCGAGAGCAACUUCCUCCUAGAGGAGGACGACGAGGAGGAGGAGGAUGACGAGGACUCAGGGGUCAGUCCCCCUCGCUCUGACCACUGCCCCUACCAGAGCCCACCGAGCAAGGCCAGCCGGCAGCUCUGUUCCCGCAGCCGCUCCAGCUCUGGCUCCUCGUCCUGCCGCUCCCGGUCACCAGCCACGCGAAGGACCUUCAGAUGUGAGAGCAGAGGGUCGUGUUCAGACAGAACGCCAAGUGUCCGGCACACCAGGAAGCAGCGGGAAAAGGCCAUUGGUGAAGGCCGCGUGGUGUACGUUCGAAAUCUCUCCAGUGACAUGAGCUCCCGUGAACUGAAGAGGCGCUUCGAGGUGUUUGGAGAGAUUGUGGAGUGCCAGGUGCUCACGAGAAGCAAGAGAGGCGAGAAGUACGGCUUCAUCACCUACCGGUGUUCUGAGCACGCCGCCCUCUCUCUGAGGAACGGCGCUGCCCUGCGGAAACGCAGCGAGCCCUCCUUCCAGCUGAGCUACGGGGGGCUCCGGCACUUCUGCUGGCCCCGCUACACUGACUACGAUUCUAAUUCAGAAGAGGCCCUGCCUGCGUCAGUGAAAACCAAGUACGAAGCCAUGGAUUUUGACAGCUUACUGAAGGAGGCCCAGCAGAGCCUGCACUGAUAACAGCCUUAACCUUCGAGGAAUACCUCAAUACCUCAGACAAGGCCCUUCCAAUAUGUUUACGUUUUCAAAGAAAUUAAGUAUAUGAGAAGGAGAGAGAGCGAGUGCGUGAGAGAGAGAGAGAGAGAGAGAGAGAGAGGCUUGGAACUGCUGUCCUUUUAAAACAAACAAAAAAAUCAAUGUUUACAUUGAACAAAGCUGCUUCUGUCUGUGAGUUUCCAUGGUGUUGACGUUCCACUGCCACAUUAGUGUCCUCGCUUCUGACGGGUUGUCCUGGGUGCGUUCCAGACGCUGAGUCCGUCACCCGCCUCCCCUUCCUCCCCGACCGACGUCCCCUCGUAGACGUGCAGCUGUGUUCACCAUACCAUUUCUUGUCUGUAGUGUGUGAUGAUGAAAUCGUUACUUGUGAAUAGAAUCAGGAUUAUAAACUCAUUUUUAAUUGAAGAAAAAAAAAAGUAUAUCCUUAAUGUAUUUAUGGCUCAGAUGUACUGUGCCUGGGAUUAUUGUAUUGCUUCCUUGAUUUUUUAACUAUGCACUGUCGUGAGGUGUUUGCCACUGAGCUGCACUGCUCCCUUUGCCAGAAUGCCCCAGAGGUGCUGGGUGGCCGGAAGCCUGGUCACCGGGGAGGUGUGGCAUGCAGCCACAGCUGGGAGGAAUGGAGAGAGGUUUCUGGGCCUCUUCUGCUGAGCGCUGCCUUGUCUCUCAUUGAGCAAGUUUGGGUCCAUUUACAAUCAGAGCCCUCAUCUGGUGUCCAGCUCACGCUUAGAAUUUGUGCCUGGCCGUGAGUGCUCAGAUCCUUGCGGACCUUGGAAGGAAGGUGGGGUGAGCUGCGUUAUUCCCGUUUUCCAGGCAGUGCCCCAAGAGGCGAAAUGACUUGCCCAGGGUCCCACAACCAGUGAGACUACAGAGGAACGGCCCAGCCCGGGCCUAUCCUGGGAUAAAGAGGCAAAGUUGCAAGGACUGGUGGAGGUGGGUUCAGCUAAAAAGGACAACAGGCUAGACGCCUCCAGGCUGCUUUUGUGGGGGUAAGUCAAUGGCUGUCUCACCAGCAUGGGGCAAGUUUAGGCUCUGGUACCAGUCUUGAUCCACUGGGUCCUGUGGUUUGCUUACACCUGUGGACAUGCCAUCACAGCUUCAGUGAUGCACCUGGGGUGACACAGAGAGGCAACCUGGGAGCGGUCAUUCAUCCUUUUUGGGCCAGCCCAUCCUCCUUCAGCUUGACUUCCCUUUUCUUCACCUGUAAAGUUGUUUUGGUGGCAUGGGGCAAGGGGAGCAGGAGGGAGACAUGAGGGAUGGGAAUGGACAAGACCAUCUCCAAGCUCCUCUCCGACUUAGAAAACGUUCAUUGGGCUUUACUUUAAAAUUUGUGUUCUUGAGUGAUGUCAGAGCCAUGUCCAGCUUGGCUGUUCUGCAGGUGCCUUGGGGGCCGUUUGUGAGGGAGAGCAUGGCCAGGAAGGGUAAGAGUGCAUUGCUUCUGCUUCAGGCAGAGCGGCUCCAACUGGGUCUCUUUCACACAUCAGGGUUCCUUGGGAAAGUUUUGUGUUUAAAAGAAAAAAGGUCCUGCUGCUUAAAAAAAAGUUUGAACUUGACUCAUUUAACUAAACGAGGUGAUUUAAUCUAUUAUUAAUGCCGGGCCUAUUUCUUUGGGAAUUGGUAGUUACGGGGUUUUGGUUUGUUUGUUUGUUUGUUUUUGCAGUACGCAGGCCUCUCACUGUUGUGGCCUCUCCUGUUGCGGAGCACAGGCUCCGGACGCACAGGCUCAGCAGCCACGGCUCACGGGCCCAGCUGCUCCGCGGCAUGUGGGAUCCUCCCAGACCGGGGCACAAACCCGUGUCCCCUGCAUCGGCAGGCGGACCCUCAACCACUGCGCCACCAGGGAAGCCCUGUUUGCUUGUUUUUAAGAUUAUAAAAUACCUCAGUAGGUUAACUGGGCGGACGAACCUCUCCUGAGAGGUGAGCAUACUCCAAGCUGGCAGAGAAGGUUGGAGGAGACAGGCGUUAGAGGAACAGGGAAUUUGAGUUCCUGUGUAUCAAGUCACUUCACCUCUCUGGACCCCAAUUGUCUUUUCUGUGUAAUGGGCUGAGGGGGAGAAUUAGGCAAGCUGAUCUCUAAGGUCCUUGCCAGGUCUGAUAGUCUUAGCUUCUCCUAAGGUGGUAUCUGGCAAAUACAUAGUGGCAUAUGGGCCACUACUCCCAUGUCCUCGGCCAGUAGCAGAUAUAACUAAUCAACCACAGUACUCAUGUUCUCUGAGCUUGGUCAUGCUAUUAGAAUCCUCAACACAGUUCCGAGCAGCCAUUACUAACUGAUCAGAGUUUAACCUGUUUAACCUUCUGGUCUAAUCUUUGAAUGGUUUCUGUUAUACAGAACUAUAUGGUGGUGGGUUUCAUGCUGGCCCAACCCUGAUCUAUGAGAGAAGAUUCCCCUAAAGCCCUUCCUUGGCACAGGACUCCCAAUAUUACUCCGACACAAUCCCAUUUCGGGGUGGGGGCCAAGUGGAAUCGUGGGCAGGAACAUGUUUGGGGAAGGCAGGGUUUAUGAGGAUGGACCAAAAGGGAACUUUCCACAGCACGGACCUGCACAUUCUAAAUUCCUUUGAUAGCUGUUCACUGCCUAGCAUACAGUAGGCACACAAUAAAUGGUUAUGGAAUAGAAUGGAAUGGAAUAGAAUUUAAAUCCACGCGCUGUCUCCCCUAAGUCCUGAUUUGCACCAAGGAGUAAACUGAGAUUUCAUCCUGUGGAAAAAGUAGGAAGGAACUCUGCAUUCAGAGUCUGGAGAACUGGGUUGAGUCCUGGCUCUGUCAAAAACUAUCUUUGUGACUUUGAUAAGUCACAGAGUCCCUUCCUCUCCCUAAGCCUUGGUGUGCCAGAAGGAGUCAGACUAGAUGAUCUCUAAGCCCCUCCUGUUUCCUUCUUCCUUGACUGCACUAGCCUAGAGAUUCUACCAUGAGAAGAUGGUACCUUAGGGUAAAGAAAUGCAGACUUUUAGUGAAGGACAAAUGUGUCCCCUCUUCUGGGUCAGCUGAAGCUGCCCUUUCACUUCAGAUUAAUGCAAGGCACUUGAAGGUAGUUAGACAUUGGCUCUUGAGUGUAGUACUGGGACGUGAUAUGCCUAAGGUGGGGGCUGGGUCCCGCUGAUGGGAGAGGGUGCCUGCCAAAGGCAUCAGGAAGUUUCUUCUCUCCAUCCCGUACAUAAAAGCCUGCAAGUUCUAAAACUGACCAACCUUGCAGACAACCUCCAUCCGAAAGACUCAUUCGGUGCUCUGUAUCAUUUACCAAGGAGACUCCAAGGUCUCUCCAGACAACUAGUCAACCUUGGUCUCUUUCCCACCAAAUUAAGGAGUAACCCAGAGGGAGCAGCUGCCAUUGGCAACCAUCUCAUUGUAGCUCUGUCCUAGUAUUUGCUCUUGAUCAUGUUUACAUGUGAUUGCCAUAAAAGCUUACAGUAGACUGUGUUGGUAGCCACCCACGCAAGGCAGGUUGUACUGUCCAUCUCUGUGCCGUGCUGGUGUUUUCCAAAUAUGUCCGAUCUAAACGCUAAGUGGAAUUCUUCCAUCUCCUUCCUCAGUCGGUACGGGCUGAAUCAGAAUCCUCACUCCUGGGGGCUCUGGUUACCGAAGGAAAAUGCAUCAAAGAGGUAAAGAAUAUGAGUGGAUGGAGUGCAGCUACGGCGGUGACCCCCUUCCCCCCCAUCCUACCUUGCCCCCCAACCAGAACACUGCUUUGAGACCCAAAGCGCCAGUCAGGUGUCUGCAUCUGCUGUGAGUUCUCACAGCUUUGCGUGUCAAAUGUGCCCAGCAGAGAGGCAGGGCUUCAGGGGUUCCAGGCGGGAAGAGGAAGGGAAGAACGCUCUAAGCUGCAAAGUCUCGGUACCCAGGUCGUGAUGUGGGAAGACAUGCAAUCAGAAAUCGUUCUCGCCUAAAGCCUGUGCUUGUUGAUGUUUGGAGAGCGAUUUCUUCUAGGUGUAUGCAAUAUACGUACUGAGGGGGCAGGGAAGGCAUGACAGUGCAGCCCUUCUGCAGGGAUGGCUUGGAACCCUAUCCCAGGCCUUAGGUUCAGUUGAAAUGACAGCUGAGCCUGCAGCUUGAGAGAUGGGACAUCCCAGCUGUGAAGCAGAAUCAACCCCAAAGGAUUUGUUGAUCUGACUCACUGACAUCAAAACCGCAGUAUUUUCUUACCAUUUGAGAUUUAGCAGUUGUCCUCAGAUAUGAUCAAGGAAAGAAAUUGAAUGUACAGUAGCAAAUAAAGUGAACCUAAUGGUUUCAAUGGCCAAAGAAGAGGGAUCCUUCCCAUGGGGGCAGAAGGAAACCGGUUUGUGCUUACGUGCAAUAUGUUUAAGCUGUUCCCCAAGUCCCUGAGACAUUUGCACAUAUAGAUGGGCUCCAGGGCUGUCUGCCGGGUCCAGGGGUACGGGGUAAAUGGAGGGCGAGCUUGGGAGCUGGGAAACCCUCAUGCAUAGCGAUGCCCUUGGCCCAAAACAGACGUGAGGUGGAGGGCCCCUGAGAGCCGGCUGUAGAAUGUCCAGGAAAGUAGGCAGAGGCUACCUUUGCAUGGAACCAAUAAAAGCACUUUGAGAAAACCACAGCACUCAGCCUGGCUCCGUGUUUCUGCACUGGCGAAUAUGGAUCUCCUUGGGCUGUGUGAGGCAUUCUCCUAGGGAUUGGAACAGGGGAUCAGGAAAGGGGCUGGUGAGGGAGGAGGGAGCAGAGAUGCCUUCCUAGACAUCAGCCACAGGAGAGCCCAUUCUAGGGCCAGCCCUUUGCUGGCCUCUUUGUUGGAGGCCCUAAAAAUGGAGUGGUGCUUUUCAAUCUCGGUACCUAUUUCUGUAAAAAAAGAAAAAAAGAAAACAGCACAGCUGAUUGAAAUGGGUUUGCAGAGCAAAUUGUUUAUCUAUAAGCCAUCUCAAAGUGAGAAACCCAGAGUUUCUUGCUUGCUAUGUGGUCUUGGGCCACUGUUUCCUCAUUUACAAAUGGGAAUAUCGGAUGGAAUGAGCACUAAAGUAAGUCCCUUUCACCUCUGAUAGACUCAGAUUCCCAUCCUGGAGCCUCGGGAAUCCAUCACUAACGCACGAAACCAAUUCCAUUCUCUGACUGCCCAGCUGACAUUCAGGGUGAGAGUUCUCUGCAAGGUAACCAACCCGCGGUGGAUUCAGACCCACAUGGUCCUGGCCGAGUUACCUUAUAUGAGGAGGCCAGCUCCCCAGGACAGAUCUAAGCCAUAGUUUCUGGUGGGGUGGUGAGAAGUAAACCCCAGCUUGGCUAGGUGGCGACGUCGAGUCUCACAUGAGCCUCGUCAUUGUCCUCGCCGCCGAGCAGCUUUCAGUCCGAAUGUUGUGACCACUUGGCUGUUUCUCUAUUGCUCACAGACAAUACUAGCAAUACACUUGUUUUUCCAAAACAGCUUAACUUAGGCACUUUUCACACAUUUCUUUCAAAUGAUUGUAAAACAUAUGGGGCAACAGGAGGCGUGGAUCACGCUGCAUAUGUUUAGGGCAACUUUUGUUUUUUGUUUCAUUAUAGCAGCGGUGACUGAGGCUUCAAGAUCGGGGGACAGAUGUUUAGGUACUCCAUUUCAUCAGAAUGCCUUGCACGUUCAGAAGCAGCACAGAAAUCCAACUGCCCGAACUGGGGGUUCGGAAAAUAGGGUUUUGUAGGUGGUCGUUCCCUGGGCUGUGCAACAGUGUCUCAAAGACAUGUUUUAUAGCCAGAACCCCCUCUCUGCUGUACCUUUUGUCAAAGGAUCCUCCAAGCCUCCUUUUUCACUUUGCCAGCCUUGCUCGUGGGUGACUUUUGAAGGGACUGGUCAUCUUCCACCUCAGCACUUUGCCUUAUCAACGUCUAGCCGCCAUCUAGUGGCCAAAGACUGUAUCUACCAGCUACCCAGAUGGAAGGCAAAUAAAUCCUUUUGGCUACCUUGCUGUCCAACACCAACUUUGGGAAUGAAAUGCAAGGUCAUGAGCAAACUGUCUGUGUGUUUAGAGCACAGUGUAACACCAGUCAGAAGCCCCAGAAGCAGCCACGCAGACUGAGAAGUAAUACACUAGCUAUUGUUGGCAGCAGAGACAGGAGUGGACCCUGUGCCCAGGUGCCCAGGAGGGGUUUACUGUAACUGCAAUACUGGCAGCGCAGCUGCUGACCUUGUUAAGUGAACCUCUGCUCUGUGCCCCCCACUGGACCCUCGGGACAAGCAAAGAGGUUGAGUGUGAGGAUUCUGUGGGGGGCCUGGCCAUGGCCUUUGGUAUGGUCCACCGAAUAGCCAAAUAGAUUUUUUUUGUUUGUUUGGUUUUGUAUUUAAAAAUCUUGUCAAAUGUUUUUGUGUUAGGAAUAAAAAGUCAUAAACUACUCCCAACUUUGUUUCUGGAGGAAUGUUCUGAUUCCAAUGGAAAGAGGUUGGAAAUCUCAAGGGGUGUGCGGUCAGAGUGGUCAGUGGACCAGGGAAGUGGACCACUUGGAUUUCCAAAUGGUUUCUGGGGAAGGUGGCCAUCCAGAAGUCUGGCCCAGUGCAGUCUGCUCCGGAAAUUCACACCCACCCCCUUCACCUACUUGUGCCACGGGAUUAGCAUUGGUUUGGAGCAUCUGCUUCUUCCAGAGGCAGCUGCUAAUGUUGAAACCAACACAAGAUUCCUCUCCCAAACCCCAGGUUUCUAAAGAAACAGUGACUGUAGCUCGCCUUAAUCGACUGGGCAAGGUGGUCCCUAUGGUCCCUUCCAGCAUUUCCAAAUAUUGGACUCAAAUCCUUUUCUCUUAGUGUGACCAUGCAGCCUAGAGAAUUCUGAGCAAUAGGAAGCCAGGGCUUUCCCUGGCUCUGUGACAGGGUCAAACCAGGGAAUGGCUAACCUUGUGAGGUUUGGGCAUCCCCAGGGGUACUACUGUAGGGGGCAUUAUUUAUUAGGAAGCUCAACAAGGUAACUACAGCCUGGGGUGUGUGAGCGCAAGGUUGUGUGUGUGUGUGUGUGUGUGUAUGCAUAUGUGCACGCCUGUGUUUGUGUGUAUGUAUGGAAUUACAUUGAUGCAUUUCUUGAGAAAGGUGCAAGAAUUUCACCUACACAGAGGGACACAUCUGCUUUGUUAUUUAUAAUAGAAAGCUAAAAUUUAAUUUUUUAAAGGACACUGCUGAUGAUUGAGAAUCAAGUUUUUAGUUUUGCUAUUUUUUUUAAUUGGUAGAGGAUUUUUUAUAUAUUUUUUUCCAUUUUGUUGGGUUGUGUCCUUAUUUAUAUAAAUACAUUAUCCCCGAGGGCAAAGGAAGAGAACUUCUUUGCUUUUAAUUAUUAUGGUUGGCAUUGUCCCCAUUUUAUUUCUGGUGUGGUUUAUCUGUCUUACCUUCUAAAUGAGACACUGUUUUCCUGUAUUUGUACAUUGUCAGAUUCUAUAGUUUCCUAGAUAAUUUAACCAAAUUGCUCUAUGUAUUAUUAUUCCGUGAGUAUAAAGUUCUAUUUUAACGUCUGUAAAUACUUCAGAACUGGCUUCUUUUCUCAAACUCCCACCGUGGAGUUAAUUGUUUACAUCACAAAAACUGUAGAAUCUCGAUGCUCAUGUACUGUAAAUAGUGAAGUGAUCUGCUUAUAAAUAAACUUAACAAAUACACUAUGGAGAUUAAAAAGAAAAUACCACCCACA